AUGACCCAAAAGGAUUCGAAGCUUUGCUCCAGAGCCAAUGUUUAUACUCAAGUGCCUGAUGGAGGAUGGGGCUGGGCUGUUGCUGUGUCUUUCUUCUUUGUUGAAGUCUUUACCUACGGAGUCAUCAAAUCGUUCGGUGUCUUCUUUAAUGACUUAAUGGACAGCUUUGAUGAAUCUAAUAGCAGGAUCUCAUGGAUUGUAUCAAUAUGUGUGUUUGUCCUAACAUUUACAGCUCCCCUCAGUACGGUCCUGAGCAACCGUUUUGGACACCGGCUGGUGGUGGUCGUCGGAGGGCUGCUGGUCACCACAGGGAUGGUGCUGGCCUCCUUCUCACGAGCCGUUUACCACAUGUACAUCACCGUCGGCAUCAUCUCUGGUCUGGGAUACUGCUUUAGCUUCCUGCCGACGGUCACCAUUCUGUCACAGUACUUUGACAAGAGGCGCUCCGUGGUGACGGCCAUCGCGUCCACGGGAGAAUGCUUCGCUGUGUUUGCUUUUGCACCAGCCAUCAUGGCCUUGAAGGAGGGCAUCGGCUGGAGAAACAGCCUCCUGCUUGUGGGGAUGAUGCAGCUUAACAUCGUCAUCUGCGGCCUGCUGCUGAAACCCAUCGUCAUCAGACCACCCCCCUCGCCCAAGACCCCCGCCCAGGAAAGCCGGAAAGAAGUGCAUAUCAUGCUGGAAAAUGAGAAGACACGCACCUCCAUCGACUCCUUCGACUCAGGAGUGGAACUAACUACCUCACCCAAGAAUGUGCCUAGCCACGCGGACCCGGAGGCCAAGGAGCCACGGCAGGGCCUGCCCAAGGCCAGCCCCGAGCACGGCGAGGCGCGGGCCCCACUCCUGGACUUCUCCAUCCUCAAGGACCGAGGCUUCAUCUGCUACGCGCUCUUCGGCCUCUUCGCGACCCUGGGCUUCUUUGCCCCCUCCUUGUACGUCAUCCCCCUGGGCCUCAGCCUGGGCAUCGAGCGGGACCGCGCCGCCUUCAUCCUGUCCACCAUGGCCAUCGCCGAGGUGGCCGGCCGCGUGGGCGCCGGCGUGGUCCUCAACCGCGAGCCCAUCCGCAAGAUCUCCAUCGAGCUCAUCUGCGUCAUCUUGCUGGCCGUCUCCCUCUUUGCCUUCACGUUUGCUACCGAGUUCUGGGGUCUCAUGUCAUGCAGCGUCUUUUUCGGUUGUAUGCUGGGGACGGUGGCGGGCACCCACAUCCCGCUGCUGGCCGAGGACGAUGUGGUGGGCAUCCAGAGGAUGUCAUCAGCGGCUGGGGUCUACGUCUUCAUCCAGAGCAUAUCGGGACUGGCCGGCCCUCCCCUGGCAGGUCUGCUGGUCGACCAAAGUAAGAUCUACAGCCGAGCCUUCUACUCGUGUGCCGCGGGCAUGAGCCUGGCAGCCGUGUGCCUGGCCCUCGUGCGGCCCUGCAAGCGGGGACUGUGCCAGCGGCAACCGUCAGAGGAAACAACCGCGGAGUGUCGCCGUGAAAAAGUACUACAAGACAUCCCCGAGGACUUUCUGGAAAUGGACCUGGGAAAAAAUGAGCAGAGAGGUCACUUGAAAUCGGGGGCAAUCUGA